AUGGCAGCUCCCGCAAAUUCUGCAGUGUUACAGAACAUCUACUACGAACGGAAAGUAGGCACAGCGAAGUCAUGUUACAUCUGCCAUCGCCCGACUACGACAGUCCUCGCAACGCUCAAGACGGAGGACUUUCUGUAUACUUGCGAAGUACAUCUGAGCGAUCCCGCAUCGCCGAUCGCCCCCCCGCCCCAACUAUCUGCCCCAUCGGCUGAGGAUAUCCGCAAAGUGGUAGCCGACUACAAUGCACGUGAAUCCAAGAAGAAAGAAGCCUCCGGCAAACCCGACGAGAAAGAGAAAGAUCCCAAAGACGCCAAAUCGCCCUCUCCUGCCCCCUCCCCUGCUCCAAGCGUCCCGACGUCGACACCGCCAGCGCAGCCGACACAUAAGAAGUUUGCGCUGCAUGGGAAGAUGUUUGAAAUCAGGAAACAGGAAAUGCGAAGGAGGGAGCAGGGAGUCAAGGCAAGUGAAGUCGGGCGAGCGACAAAAACACGAUGGAACGCUGCUACUGCGGUCAUCUCUCAAGUGAACAUCUUUUCAACAUCCUCCACGACCACAUCCGGCUUUUUGGACCCCAGAGACAACCCUCGCCAUGCCCCCAAACGCCUCAAAAACAAUCUUUGGUAUGCUCUCCUCCCCAAGCUUCCUGCUGGACGCUCGCUGACUCUUUCUCAGUCGCCAAUAUCCCCUAGCAACGAUGUGUCAGAGGAACAGCUGGCAGGUGUCUUUUCAGAGGCUGGACCCGUGUCCAAUGUAGAGAUCAAGUUUGACCCCCAGAGUGGAAGAUCGAAGGGAUACGCUUUCGUUUCUUUCUAUGACGAAUCCACCGCCCUAUCUGCUGUUCGCAAUCUCCAAGAUGCCCCUGUCAACGGCCGCAACCUUCGAGUCGAGCUGUCCACCGACGAACCCGGUCCCCGUCGGCGCGGCCCCCCUGUUGGCGCAGUCUCUUCCGGCCCUCCCCCCCCUGGACGAUUCGGUGGACCAUCUGCUGCUCCCGCUCCCUUUGCUGCUCGAGGUUCUUAUGGAGGGCCUCCUGGAGGCGGGGCGGGGGGAGGCAGGUUCGGGGAUAGAGUUGAUACGCCGCCGCCGGCCAGAGACUAUGGAGGUAGGAGAGGGGACGAUUUGGAUUUGAGGUUGGUGCCGCAGGGUGUGGAGCUGCCGCCGGGAGAGAAGGCUGUGGAUGCUAUCAGCAAGACUUUGGCGGCUAUCAACCCCGGGCAGAUGCAGGAUGUUAUGACGAGUAUGAAGCAACUGGUGCAGACGAACCCAGACCAGGCUCGUGUUCUCCUCUCCCAACAACCCCAACUCGCCUACGCUCUCUUCCAAGCGAUGCUUUUGCUCAAUAUCGUCGACCCCUCUGUCCUCCAAUCUAUUCACCCUCUCCCACCUCCUACGGUUGCCGCGCCCCCGCCUUCGAAUUAUGGUCAGCCCCCGGCUCCAUACGGACAAGAUGCGGGCUCCAAGUACGGCCAGCCGCCGAGUGGCUAUGGUGGUGGUGGAGGUGGAAGUGCAGGAGGUUAUGGAUACCCCCCAGCAAGCCAGCCUCCUCAAGCCUUCCGCCCUCCCCCAUCCUACGCCGCUCCCCCCGCUCAAACCCCGCCCUACCCUCCCUACGGUGCCCCACCCCCCGCAGCUCACGCAUAUGGUUCUGCCCCUGCCCCUCCUCCUGCUGCGCCUACUCCCAUGUCGGCACCUCCCCCAGUGGCGUCGGGUGUACCUGGUAUGUCUGCGCUCCCGCCAGCGGCCCAGGCUGCGCUGGCGACGUUGCCGGAGGAUCAGCAGGCGAUGUUGAUACAGGUUUUGAGCUUGGCGCCGGAGCAGAUUAAUGCGUUGGAUCCGACGCAAAGGGCUAGUGUUGUUCAGCUGCGACAGCAAUUCCUCGGGACGGCCUAA